AUGUCGGACGGUAAUGUGACACUCGCAUCCAAUGUGCUCGGCACCAUUGGCACGGUGCUCUGGUGCAUCCAGCUCAUUCCUCAAAUUUGGUAUAACUGGCGGCGGAAGAAUACGGACGGGUUUCCGGCUACGAUGAUGUUUCUCUGGGCACUUUGUUCUAUUCCCAUGGGGGCCUAUCUUAUUUUGCAGAUACCAUAUAACAAAGGGGUUACCUGGCCGGACCUGGUUGUUGGUGUUAUUGCCGCUGUUCUUCUUAGUGCAGGGUUGUUGCCUCCCUAUUUUGAACUCUGGAAGAGAGAUGGUCGUGUGAUUGGGUUUAACUGGGUCUUUCUCUCUAUCGAUACCUUCGGUGGUCUGUUCUCCUUGUUUGCACUCGCUGCUCAAGGAACAUUCGAUGUUUUGGGGGGGGUUGUUUUGGAAGCAGGGAUCUAUUUGAGCCAUACCAUCUGGCGCAUUCGGUAUCGCAAGCUGCGCAAAGAGGCGAAAGAAAGCGGCAAGAGUAUUGAUGAGUUGUUGGAGUUGCGGAGACGGGAUGAGGAAAGAGAUUUAGAGGCGGGGGUCGACCAAGAUGAGGGUCACGAUCUCGAUAAAGAAUCAAAGCCGAUAGAGAUGUAG